UGUAGACUCAGAACAUGACAGUGAGGACACUCUAACUUUAUGUAAUCAGCUCCUUGAACGUUUGAUGAUGAGAGGAAGCAGGGUGAAUCACAUUCUCACCUCUGCUUUCAUUCCUCAACACCAUCUCUUAAACAAGCAAUUGGUCUGUUUGCUUUAGCGGGCAGAUUUGAACAAUGGAUAGUUGGAUGCUGAUGAUCCUUGUUUUUAUGCCAGGUGUUUGGAGUGGAGAUUGGGGGGUGACCUUCGGAGAUCAGUGUGCUUUGAGAGGGGGGUCAGUAGUUAUGAAGUGUAGCUAUGACUACCCUUGGCGUGAUACAGUCACUCAGGUGGAAUGGUCUAGAACCCUGGUUACAUCUGGCACGUGGCGGCUGCAUCCCCUUUCUAGUCUCCCUUCGCCCCGGGACUUUAAAUACGUGGGUAAUCUAUAUCAUAACUGUAAUCUGAAGAUCAACAACGUAAAACCCACUGAUGAAGGACAAUACUAUUUUAGUUUUGUGACAACAUCAGACAAAUGGACAAGCAAAACCUAUGCUUAUUUGUUUGUUAAAGAGUUAACCGCUGUUUUGAAACCGAGCACUGUGAAAGAGGGAGAUGAUUUCAGGCUGACCUGUGUGUCAGAAUGUCCUACAUCUACAACCAUUGUCUGGUUUAAAGAUGGACAGCAAGUGCCGACACCAGGGUCCCCGGUGAGGAGAGAGGAUGCUGGGAGCUACUUCUGUGCUGUCCUGGGACAAGAGACAGUCAGAUCCAACUCUGUGACUCUAAAUGUUCAGUACGGCCCAGAGAACAUUUCAAUUUCAGUAGAUGAUCAACAAUUUACUGAGGGCAGCAGUGUGAAUCUGACCUGCAGCAGUGUGGCCAACCCUGCGGCCGACAACUACAGCUGGUACAAGAGGACAGACUCUCCCAGCUCCAGCUCAUGGCUCCAGGUGGGCUGGGGACAGGUGCUGUCUCUUCCCUCUGUGGAGGCGUCCCACACUGGACUCUACCUCUGCCAGGCCAGUAACAGUGUGGGGACGGGCAACUCAACUGCUCAGCUGGUGACCCUGAUAACAGAGGACCGCGGCAGCCAGAUUCACGUGAUCAUCAUAGCCAGAGUAGGGGUCUUUGUUUUGGUGACUCUCGUGGUAGCUCGUCUUUUGUACUGGGCCACAAUAGGAAAGAGUGAGGCUUCUACGAUCUACUCGACUGUGGUCACAUCCAGCUGAUCCGAUGUGAAUAGAGGAAGCCUGGAGCCCAGUGUUAGUUAAAAGGUUGAAAAUGCCUUUUCUUCAUUCUUUUGUUUUAUGAUGUAAUUUAUUAUACCACUUUGUUCCUUCAUGGUUUAGUUUACAGUUGCACUUACUGAAGCAGGUAUAUCAUACAAUCUGACUAUAUUUGAUAAAGCUACCCCAGAGAUUGUUGCUGUUGUGAUUAUGAGACUGCAAACUACAGUAUAACUAUAUAUGCAGCAGUGUAGAGAAUAUUUAAUACGAAUAAAUGGACUUUAUCAAAACA